GCUUCCUGCUUCCUCCACACAGAGCUGUGGGUGCAGCUCUCACUCUUAAGUUUCACUUCUGUCCAAGUCAAACUGUUUCUGAUCCAGGAGAGAUGGCGCAGAAAGCACUCGACCAAGAAGCCUUUUCCUGCUCCGUGUGUUUGGAUCUACUGAAGGAUCCUGUGACUAUUCCCUGUGGACACAGCUACUGCAGGAACUGUGUCCAACAGCACUGGGACCAAGAGGACGAGAAGCAGCUCUACAGCUGUCCUGAAUGUCGCCUCAGCUUCAGCCCCAGGCCUGCCCUGGGUAAAAACAUCAUGUUAGCAGGUUUAGUAGAGCAGAUGAAGAAGACAGCGCCCCCUGCUGCCCUCUGCUAUGCCGGACCUGAGGAUGUGUCCUGUGAUGUGUGCACUGGGAGGAAGCUGAGAGCUGUCCAGUCCUGUCUGCAGUGUGUGGCCUCUUACUGUGAGCGCCACCUACAGCCUCAUUAUGAAGCUGCAGCUUUAAAGAAACACCAGCUGGUGGCGCCGUCUCACAGGCUCCAGGAAAACAUCUGCUCUCAACACGACAAAGCGAUGGAUCUAUUCUGCCGCCGUGACCAGCAGCUCCUCUGUUACCUCUGCUCUGUGGACCAACAUAAGGGUCAUGACAUAGUGUCCUCUGCCUCAGAGAGGGCUCAGAGGCAGGCAGAGCUGCCGGCCAGGAGGGCCCUGCUGCUCCAGAGCCUCCAGCACAAAGAGACAGACCUGAAGAGGCUCCAACAGGAGGCCCAGGACAUCAGGAGCUCUGCCCAGACAGCAGUGCAGCGCAGCAACGACAGCUUCAGAGACAUGGCCCUUCUCCUGGACAAAAGACGCUCUGAAGUGGAGCAGCAGAUCCGCUCCCAGGAGGACACCCAACUGAGCCGAGUCCAAGAGCUCCAGGACCAACUGCAGCAGGACGUGAGGGGGCUGAAGAGGAGCCUCUCUGAGCUGGACACACUGGACCUCACCCAGGAUCAUAACCAGUUUAUACAGCGCUACGCUUCACUGUCCCCACACACACAGAGCACAGAGCCAGCCACCAUUCACACAGGGGACCGGGGAUACUUUGAGGAAGUGACCAGAGCUGUGUCCAAGCUCAGGGACACACUCCAGCUCACUCUGAGUCCAGUCCAGGUUUUACUGGCACCAGAUGAACUCAGCUCCAGAGAGGACUUCUUAUAUUAUUCUACAGAAAUCACUCUGGACCCAAACACAGCUCACACCAGACUGUCUCUGUCUGAUGGAAACAGAAGAGUAACAUGUAUGAGUGAAGACCAGAGUUAUCCAGAUCAUCCAGACAGAUUCAGUGACUAUGGUCAAGUCCUGAGCAGAGAGAAUCUGACGGGCCGCUGUUACUGGGAGGUGGAGUGGAGCGGGGGAGGUAUUUUUAUAGCAGUUUCAUACAGAGAGAUUCAGAGGAAAGGAAACUCUGAUGAAUGUGUAUUUGGAGUCAGUGAUAAAUCCUGGGCCUUCAACUGUGACAAAUCCAGAUGUUUAUUUUUGUUUAACAAAGUCCAGUCCCAGGUCUCACAUCCAGUCGGGUCCAGAAUCGGGGUUUACCUGGACCACAGUGCAGGGGUUUUGGCGUUUUACAGCGUCUCUGAAAGUACCAUGAGCCUCCUCCACAGGGUCCAGACCAGGUUCACUCGGCCUCUCUACACUGGGGUCUGUAUUGGUUGUUAUACUGGAGACACUGCACAUUUCCCUAAACUGAAGUAGCAGCUUUGUUCUCCACAGUUUGGGAUCGAAUUUGUGCCUUUUAUAUUUGACUAAUUUGAAAAAAAGUUGAAAGUAUUGUUAUGGCUUUCUUUAGCAUAAAUCUUUAUUUGAAUUGUUAUAGAUCUUUUCGACCUAACCAUCUGUUGUUAUGUAUAAGGUGUAUCUCUUGUUCGUGCGUCCAGCGGCCUUCGUCCACUUUGAUUAGACUAAACUGGCGAGAUUGUUUUGGUGGUAUAAAACUCUGUAUGUGUUUACAUUUGUGAGCUGGGGGCGAGACGACACUGCAAGGGACAACAGCUCUUUGACAAUUGUGCACAGUUUAUUCAAUAAACCAGACUUUUUGAUUCAAGACAACUCUGUUGAUUUUAUAUCUUUUUACUAUUAGAAAUUCCACAACAAUAUCGAUCCUCAAAAAAAAAAUAAAUGACAAUUAUUUUUGUGUUGAAAUGUGAGUUAUUUUGUCAAACUUUUCUAAACUUGAUCAAAUAUGACAUGGGGAGAGUUCAAAUCAUGACAAAAUCCUGAUCUAAUAAAACAGGCCAUUUUCCACAAUAUUGAGUUGAUUAGUGUCAUUCUAGUGUUUUUAUCAUGACAUAACUGUACUGUUUGUGUAGUGUGUGUUUUUGUAUGUCUCAGGGACUGCAGAUGGAACACAGCAUCUCUUCACUGUUUCCUUUGAAUUCUGCAGACUAAUAGUGUUCAUACUGUUACUGCAAAACUAAACUCAGACUCUACAUAUUUGACAUCUACAUUUACAUCUGUUUUGAACUUUGAACUUGAUUUACACUUUCAAUUCCAAUGUUGUUCCUCAUGUAAUGUAAGUGUAUGUAAGUCUCUGCUGUAAAUGUCAAAGUCAUUCUGUUAUAUCAUGGGACUUUUCAAUCACAAACACAUUCACAAAUCAAUCUGUACAAGAAAAUCAAUAAAA